AUGGACCAAAAGAAAGUGGUGGCAAUCAAAGAAUGGCCAACACCUAAAGGGGUGGUCGAGUUUGAGGUUGUUCUUGGGGCUCAUCAACUACUAUCAUAA